AUGUGUGCACUUAGAUGGCUGACUGACUCGAUUUUAACUGUAGAGGCUCCAUUGAUCGUCUCUUAUAUUCUAUGCAUAACUAUAGGUCUAGUAAUCUUCUGCGCAAAAAAGAAAGGAGUAACCCAUGCUUCCUCAAAAAGCAAUGUGCCAUAUAGCUCGUCAUCGUCCUCAGCAUCUGCUAGACGUGCUGAAAAGAAGGGGGCUAAGGCGGCAAAAGGAAGCAAAGAAGCAAAAGGCACAGGUGGUAAGAAGAAAGAAGGCGCAGAGGCAGUCGUUCCAGCACCUUCCUUAAAAAAGAAGCCAGUAGAACCCGCCAAAGAAAAGCAAGAAAAACCAACGGCAGAAGUAAAGCCGGAGCAGGAGCCAGAGCCAGCAGCAAAAACGGCUCCGUUACCAUUACAAUCAGCAACGCGGCCAGUGGAACAAACAGCGAUGGAUGGCGAAGCAUCAAAGGCCAGAUCGCUAAAAUCGGGUUUCUCUGCCCUUAGCACUCUGAGUAAGUGA